AUGCCCAUCUCUGCCUCCAGCACCGGCGGCAGUGAGCCCUUGGGUCGCCUGAGCUGCGGGGCCGCCGAACAGUCUCGAGUAGGCUCGCCUCGCGGGUGGUAUCCCUCCUGGAGCUCACCGCCGGCUCCCAGAGCCCGCCCUGGCGAGGCGUCCUUCCCCGAGUCCAUCGCCAUCUGUCCUCUGCUGAAGGGGCCCGUGGUCAGCCCGAGACAGAACCCGGCAGCGAGAAGUGACCGGAUCCAGGGGAGGCGAGAGAGUGAGGCAGGGAGGGAAGGACGCCCCUGGCGGGCGGGCGACAAGCCGGAAACCCAGCCACGCGCUCUGCCGGAGCACCGCCUGCCAGCGCCGGGCCUCAGACCCACGCGAGCCCGCGAGCCUGAGCGACCCGAGCCACGGGGCGCCGCCAGGGAGGCGGGUCCCGCCGCAGGUCACGGCGGGGCCCGCGGACGGACGCCUCGGGUGUUGGUAUCUCCCACCUACAGUUCGGGCCACGGAGGAACCAAGCCAGUUAACCUGUCUCAGCCCCUUAGGAGAAGUCAGUAG